AUGAAGGAGGAGAACACCACGGGCCCGGGGUCCCCCUCGAGCGAGGAGGAAGAGGAGGAGGAAGAAGAGGAGGAGGAGGGCCAGCGGGCACCCGGGAGGUGCCGUCGGAAGCGCGGGCAGGGCCGGGCGGGCUCGGAGUGGCCGCAGGGCAAACGCAGCAAGCGCGGCCCGGCCCCGACCCCCCCGGCAGAGAACGGGCACGAGAACGGGCACGCCCAGAGGGUCAUCGCCAACGUCCGGGAGCGCCAGAGGACCCAGUCCCUGAACGACGCCUUCGCCGAGCUGAGGAAGAUCAUCCCCACCCUGCCCUCGGACAAGCUGAGCAAGAUCCAGACGCUCAAACUGGCCGCCCGCUACAUCGACUUCCUGUGCCGGGUGCUGAGGGGGGACGAGCCGGGGCCCGGGGCCGCCCCGCCCGGCACCAACCCGGCCCAGGAGAGGCUCAGCUACGCCUUCUCCGUGUGGAGGAUGGAGGGAGCCUGGGCCAUGUCGGCCUCGCACUGA